CUCCUCCGUUCCUUCCAUAGCACAGAGCGCGUCGCAUUGGAGCGAAGCAGAGGAAGCAAGAAGCAGAGCAGCAGGAGCCGCGUCGUGUUGCGUUGCGCGACGAUGGUGAAGCCGGAGGGGAAGAAGACGAAGGGGAAGCAGGUCAUCGAGAUCCGGCGCAUCGAGAACAAGGAGCGCCGGCAGGUCACCUUCUCCAAGCGCAAGGCCGGGGUGCUCAAGAAGGCAUCCGAGCUCAGCCUGCUCUGCGGCGCGCACGCCGCCGUCGUCAUCUUCUCCAAGAAGCAGGAGCUGCCCCAGGGCGGCGGCGAGGCAGGCAGGGCCAGCGGCGGCGGGAACGUGCUCGCGAUGGGCACCCCCUCCGUCGACCACGUCCUCCGCCGCUUCGCCCCGCUCCCCGGCGACGCGUACCUCCCGGCGCUCGAGGACGUGGGCGGCGCCGCCGAGCGCGCGACGGUGGAGGCCACGGUGCGGCAGACGGAGGAGACCAAGGCGCGCGUGGCCGCGGAGGCGGCGCGCAUGAGCGCCAUCGGGGCCAUGGUGCUCACGGCAGUCCCGGCGGGCCGGGAGCGGUUCUGGUGGGAGGCCGACGUGGAGGCGCUCGGGGAGGCGGAGCUGCCGGAGUUCGCCAGGGCGCUCCAGCGGCUCAGGGACUACGUGCGGCGCCACGCCGGCAAGCUGCAACCCUCUGCCGCGCCGGCCGGCACGGACGGGGCAGGGCAGCCUCAAGCUAGCCUGAAUGUCUGAUGAUUCUUCGUCACUACCGAUUAGCUUGUAAUUUGAAUUUUGCAGAU